UACAAUACAACAAUGCCUCGAAAUCGAGCGUUCUCAGAACCUGAGUAUUCGGCUGAGUACUCUGCAGAUUACUCUGUCAGCUUGCCUUCUGAUCCGGAGCAUGGAGUUGGCCGGACACAUGAAGUCACUGUGCGGAGUUCGGGUUGUUGCCUUUGCUUGCCACGUUUUAUGCGACUUACCUUUGCUCCAGAAUCAUUGGAAAACCUCUAUCAGACAUAUUUUCGUCGACAGCGCCAUGAAACGUUAUUGGUUUUAGUUGUCUUUGCUGCUCUAUUUGACUGCUAUGUCAUUGUCAUGUGUGCAGUGGUUUAUACCAAUGACAAGUUAGCCUCUACAUUGGUGGCAGCGGUGGGAUUGUUGGCCCACAUCUUGCUCUUUAUCCUGUGCAGGUUUGGCCUUUUGCCUGACCGCAUUGCCAGAAAAUUUGUCCCUUAUAUUUUGUGGAUAUUGAUUGCUGCUCAGAUUUUCUCAUACCUUGGCCUAAACUUUGCUCACUUCCAUGAGGCUAGUGACACUGUUGGAUGGCAGGCUUUCUUCGUCUUUUCUUUUUUUAUCACUUUGCCCCUCAGGCUCACACCAAUUGUUCUGAUCACCACUGUGUCAUGUGGAAUUCAUACCUUGGUUCUUGGAGUAACUAUAGCCCAGCAACAGCAAGAUUCUAUCAAUGGCAACAUAUUGCUGCGGCAGAUCUUGUCCAAUGUAGCCAUCUAUCUGUGCACCAUCACUGUCGGCAUCAUGUCUUACUAUAUGGCGGACAGGAAGCACCGUAAAGCCUUCUUGGAAGCGCGGCAAUCACUGGAGGUCAAAUUAAACCUGGAAGAACAAAGUCAACAGCAGGAACGUCUGCUGCUGUCCAUCCUGCCCAAACAUAUUGCCGAUGAAAUGCUUAAUGAUAUGAAGAAAGACAAGCAACAGAAGGAACUGCAGCAGUUUAACACCAUGUACAUGUACCGGCACGAGAACGUCAGCAUACUUUUUGCAGACAUUGUUGGCUUCACCCAGCUGUCAUCGUACUGUACUGCACAUGAGCUGGUCAAGUUGUUAAAUGAAUUGUUUGCCCGUUUUGACAAGUUGGCAGCAAAAUACCACCAACUUCGGAUCAAGAUCCUGGGUGACUGUUACUACUGCAUCUGCGGCCUGCCGGACUACAGGGAAGAUCACGCUGUCUGCUCUAUUUUGAUGGGACUGGCCAUGGUUGAUGCCAUAUCAUAUGUGAGGGAGAAGACAAAAACUGGAUGGACCAUGCGUGUUGGAGUUCACACAGGAACUGUCAUUGGUGGAGUCUUGGGGCAGAAACGUUGGCAGUAUGAUGUGUGGUCAACGGAUGUCACCCUAGCGAACAAGAUGGAGGCUGGCGGUAUCCCUGGGCGGGUCCAUAUCUCGCAGAGCACAUAUGACUGCUUAAAGGGAGAGUUUGAAGUGGAGCCGGGAGAAGGAGGGACGCGAUGUGACUAUCUCAGAGAGAAAGGCAUCAUCACCUAUCUUAUUGGCUUACCAAAGCAGCCAGUAAAUAAGAAUGGCAUAAAUGGGGUGAAGCUGUCGCUGACGUCAUCCCACGGAAAUUCCCCACAGCUGAUUAACACCAAGGAUUGCAAUGGCAGCAUCCACACAACCUGCACCACCCCUGAUGAGAACGAGGAGCUGGAUACCAGGGUGGUGAAUCCAUCAUUCCCCAACCCUCGUAGGCGACUGCGCCUUAGAGACUUGGCUGAGAGAGUCAUAGAUGCCCAGCAGAAUGAGCAAGAACUGAACAAGCUGCUGAACGAGGCCUUAUUGGAGAGAGAAACUGUGCAAGUGCUGAAAGGAAAGUACACAUACCGCUUGUCCAUGCGCUUCAUUAAUCCUGAGAUGGAGACACGUUUCUCUGUGGAGAAGGAAAAGCAGAGUGGCGCGGCCUUCAGUUGUUCCUGUGUGGUUCUUCUGUUCACAGCAAUAGUGCAAAUGCUCAUAGAUCCCCUACUGGUGGCUAAUUAUGUGACUUUUAUCAUUGGUGAAAUCCUUCUGUUGGUUUUGACUGUCUGCUCACUUGCCGCUAUCUUUCCUAGGGUUUUCCCUAAGAAGUUAGUGGCCUUUUCCACCUGGAUUGAUCGAACAAGGUGGGCUCGGAACACGUGGGCAAUGUCGGCCAUUUUUAUUCUCACUAUGGCAGAUAUCGUGGAUAUGCUCAGCUGUUUGCAGACAUAUUCCAGCAACCUCAAUGUGACUACAGAGGACACUGGUUGGGGCUGUGUGGAGAACCCCAAAUAUUACAGCUACAUCGCUGUACUAGCUCUCAUCGCUACCAUCAUGUUAGUACAGGUCAGCCAUAUGGUGAAGCUCACCCUCAUGCUCAUGAUUACAAUCGCUGUGGGUGUGGUCAACAUUUAUGCAUGGAGGCCAAUAUUUGAUGAUUACGACCACAAACGUUUCAACAGCUACGUGACAUUUUUGGUUCCCUCGAAAUACUCAAUGACAGUGAUGAUCUUUGUGAUGAUGCUAAGUUUUUACUACUUUGCACGACACGUAGAAAAGUUGGCCAGGACAUUAUUUCUAUGGAAGAUUGAUGUCCAUGAUCAAAAGGAGAAGGUGUAUGACAUGCGGCGCUGGAAUGAAGCCCUGGUAACAAACAUGUUGCCUGAGCAUGUAGCCAGGCACUUCUUGGGCUCCAAGAAACGAGAUGAGGAGUUAUACAGCCAGUCCUAUGAUGAAAUUGGAGUCAUGUUUGCCUCUAUCCCUAACUUCUCAGACUUUUACACAGAAGAAAGCAUCAACAACGGCGGCAUUGAGUGCCUGAGGUUCUUGAAUGAGAUCAUCUCGGAUUUUGAUGCAUUAUUGGAUGAUCCCCAAUUUCGUUGUAUCACAAAGAUAAAGACUAUCGGUAGCACAUAUAUGGCAGCUUCAGGAGUUACCCCAGACCCUAACUCUAAUGGCUACAACACAAUCAAGAAAGAGGAAAUCUCUGACAAGGAGAGGUGGCAGCAUCUGGCGGAUCUGGCAGACUUCGCUUUAGCCAUGAAAGUGACUCUAAUGAACAUUAAUUACCAGUCGUUUAACAAUUUCAUGCUGCGUAUAGGUUUGAAUAAAGGCGGAGUGCUGGCUGGGGUUAUUGGUGCUCGUAAGCCACAUUAUGAUAUCUGGGGAAAUACAGUGAAUGUAGCAAGCAGAAUGGAGUCGACGGGAGUCAUGGGGAAUAUACAGGUUGUGGAGGAAACACAUGAUGUCCUUAAGGAAUAUGGCUUUAGGUUUGUACGGAGAGGACCUAUUUACGUGAAGGGCAAAGGUGAACUACUCACAUUUUUCAUGAAAGGUCGGGACAAGCAAGGGUCCUUCAUCAAUGGCUCUUCAGUUACCCUCCCUCAUCAAGUAGUGGACAACUCUUGAUAGAUGAUCUGCACGUGAAACAGAUCGUACAAAGAAAGUAGUCACACACUGAAGUCAGUGCCGACAGACACGGGUUAAGGAACUUCAGAAAUCAACAUAUUUACACAAGGAGAAAAACAACUUUAAAACCAUAAAUAUAAACGUUUAUUUACAUUUUUUCUUUCUGGAGUUGCCUUUUAAACGUUUCUGCUUCAGUCUCUGGCAUUUUAGUUUGUGGAUCUUGAGAUGGAAAAGGGUUUGUUUCCCUCUUGACUACAAAGCGUUAGUGUCCGCCUAUAUACAGAGAGAACAUCCAGCUUGUGGAACUGAAACGUUACAUGGAAUAGCAUUACGCAGUUUAAAUAAAAUAUGCUGUUUUUGUAAGAAAAAUGAUAAAGGAAAAUGAAGACUGAUCUGAAAAAAAUCCAAGGAGCAUAAACAUGAGGUUGUGCUAAUGCUGCCAACUGCAUAGAAUUCUUCUGAUGGAGGAACCAAGAUCCUCAGUACAAUGGCACAGAUACAACCCUAAACAGGAUUACUGUAGUUUAAUAACCUGUCAAUGUAGUUAGGAGGAAAUUGAAGAGAGUGCAAUAUAUUUAAUUAUAUUUGGAUACAACAACAAAAUAUUUUAAAAUAAUAAUAAUCAUCAGAUGAAUACAUACAUAGAUUGUAAAAGAUUUUUGUUUAACUUUUACUCACCAAAAUAUUAUAUCUAUACACACACAAGUAAUAUAAAAUGUAUAUUUUUACUUGUUGGUUAGUAUUUCAAUUCUAAAUACUACCCCUACAUUACCUUCUGCAAUGGCUUUAAUUAAGAAAUGCAAGAUUGCAAGUGUUGAUACAAGAAUAUGACUGUUUAUUAAAUCUUAAUAUUUUGGCAAACCUCCAGUCUAUUUUCCGGUUACAAAAGAAUUUUAUAUAUAAAAAAAAAAUCAUCUGUUGUGUUUAUUUUAUUCCCUUUAGAAGCCCUUCCUCGCUAGAAAUACACUUCCUAGUCCAAUUCUAGAGAACUCUCUGCUUCAAAAACGUUAUUAUACAAUAACAUUUCUUAUAGGGCCAUUUUUUUUUUGCUACAGCCCUAAAGAAAAAUAGCCGCCUUAUAUAAAGGUUUAUAGUUGGACAGAGGGGAUGGGUAACAAGUUAUAUAUAAAUGCUUGCAACAGGCUUUAUUUUGUUUAUUUUCUUUUAGAUCUAUAUUUUUUACAAAUAUUAAAAUAUAUAUAUAUAUAUGAAUUCUGAAGAUGCGCUGUAGCUACGUAAGACAACUUUUGAUGACGGGAUAUCUAGUUUUGAAAUUCCAUAUCUCCAAAAGCCUUUUGUAAGGUAUAAUGCUCGGUUUUGGGGAAGUGAAAUUAUCUAACAAUUGCCAUGUUAGUAGCAAUAGAAACAAUAAUUAUAGAAAUCUGAGAUGUUUAGAAUGGAAAAAAAUGGGAUUCAGCUGUAGAAUUAAGUAUCUCAAAAGUAAUAUGGCUAUUUGGACCAAAUCUCACAUUUUUCACCAAUUGUACAUUUCCUAGUUGUUGUAAAACGCUUGACCAGGGAUAUUCCACUAGUGGCCUCAGACUUGCAGUAUCAGAGGACUGGACCAUUGUAAAGAAUCUUACACUCAGGACUGUGGUGGGUGGAGUUCAACCACCUGCAUUUUUACUAAACGACCAAGCUAACAAAAAAAGGAUACCUAGAUAUUUUUUUUUUCCUUUCUGUUUACUUUUUGGCUUGCAGGAUACAUCAUGCAAGAUAACAACUUUUAAAACCAUGUUCCAUUAAUCUUCAAGAAGCAUGUACUUCCUACACCAUCCAUAAGUGCGUUCACUUAGUGCUGAAAUGUAACCAAUAACUAAAGUCCUUGCUUUUGUAUUUUUUUUUCCCUCCGGAAAAUGAAUCUCCAACUAAAUUUUUUAAAAUGUAACUGUAAUUAUUUGACAUGUAAGAACCUCACCACUGUGACUAAAAUUGAUGUUUUCAUUUAAUAUUGCAGGAUGAAUUCACUACAUUAGAUCAAAAGGUUAGAUAAAGCGUGUAUUGUAUACGAUAUUUCACUUUUUUUGAAGUUUGCUAAGAUCAGCAACGUAUUUACACUUUCUAAGAGUUUCACAAAUACAACUGGUAGAAUUGGAAAAAAAUAAACAUUUAUUUUAUGUAGGCAAAUACAAUUAAUUUGGGUAUCUUAAUAUGAUGACGGACGUGCUUAUGCAGUGAAACUGUUAAAAAGAUGGUUUGGAAGAACACUGGCGGACUGAAAGUCUGAUAGGUUUUUUAACAUCCUGUUUCUUCUGCUGCAAGUUUUGGGUAUCUGCUUUUAAUAAACUGCAUUCUUGCUACAA